AUGUAAAAAAAGAGUCCUUUAGUUAAUUAUCUAUCCAAUCGAAAUAUUAAAUGCUAUCUACAUAACGAACCUGUAAGUUUUUUAGACCUUUCAAAAGUAUGUUAAGAUAGAUCAAGAUUAAAAUGUGAGUAUUGCAAAUAAAAUCAAUACUGUGUUACAAUUCAAUAAUUCAAUAAUCUUUGUGAACAAUUCUCUAAGAUUACUAAGAAUGAUAACGAUUAGAUUAUGAAGGCUUAUUAGGAAAUAUAUUAAAGUAUUUAAACAACAAUUAAUUAAAUGAAUGAUUAAAUUUAGAAGACAAUAUUUAAACCAAAAUAUGAUAAAAAUUUGAUUAAGUACCUAGAAUCAUACAUACAAAUUAUCUAUUCAUAUAACUACAAAGUAAAUAUUUUUUCAAAUAUAGUAUGCUGCGUAUAAUUCAAUUAAAGAUAUUGGGCUUUAAGAAUUUGAGUUUUUAACAUAAGGUAUUUCAGAAGAGGUUGAUUUUCAAGGAUUAGAUAAUUAAAUAACUAUGAAAAUUUAAGCUAUUGAUGAUUAGAAAUAAGCUGAAUCAAAUUAAUAUUUAGAUUUAGUAAUGUAAUUAAAUUAAAUGAUAAGUAAUUUUGUUGUUUAAAAUAAAUUGUCUAAUUCUUAAAUAUAGAAUAAUAUUUAAAAAAUUGAAGAGAUUGACCAGGCUAAACUGAUUAAAAAUAGUGAUAUCUAAAUAUUUAAUUAAGAGGGACAAAUAUUAGGUUCCAGUUCCAAAUUACCAAUAGCUGAUAUUUAAUUAAAUUUUGAUUAAACUAUACUUGCUGCAAGAUUAUGUGAACCAUGUAAAGAAAUAUUGUUUUGGAAAAAAGAUAGUAUUUAAAAUACUUGGAUUAAAUAUCAAAUCUGUGAAUGUUAUACAAAAUCUUUAGUUUAUUUUACAUUCAGUAAAUUAUAAAACAUUCUAUUAACAAGUGGAUCAGAUUAAAAUAAAAGAAAUAUGGCUAUAUUAAAAAUAUGGGUUUUGAAAGAAGAUUCUUGGAUUAUUAACUAAACAUAUGUAACAUAAGUUCAGCCAGGACUUGGUUAUUAAAGAAUUUCAUGUAUUGUUAUGAAUCCAACUGAAAACCAUAUUUAUUUGGCAGAGGGAACUCGAAUUGUUGCAUUAUAAUAACAAAAUUUGAACUAUGAAUUAAAAUACUGUAUAGAGAAAUCAAGUGAAUUAAUUACAACUUUAGGAAUAUCAAAUGAUGGAAAAAUAUUAGCUGUUGGAGGUUGUGAUUAAAAAGUAACUUUAUGGAAAAUUGAUGAUGCAAAAUUAGUUUUGUUUUAAUAACUAAAAUUGUAUAAUACUCCAAAAAGUAUCAUAUUUGGUGCAUACGAUCAAGAUUUAAUUAUUUGUACUAAAGAUGGUUUAGUUCAUUGUUUUAAUAAUUAAUAUUAAAAAUAAAAAGAAUAUUAUGAAAUUCAAAAGAUUUUUAAUAAUAUUGCUAAAAUUAGAACAAUUAAAUUUAAUCAUAAAUUAUCUAUUUUAGCAAUUGGAGGAGAAACUAAUGUGCUUUAAUUAUGGAAAAAAGAUUAAUAAAAUUAAUGGAAAUGCUUUAAUGAAUAUAAAUAAGAUAAGUUUAUAGAAUCUAUUUGUUUUGCAAAAGGUUAAGAAUUUAUAUUUGCAACAAAUAAUUAUGAAAUAUAUCUACAUUAAUUAUUUUGA